AUGGGUGAUUUUUUGCAAGGCGUAGACGACUUUCUAAUCCAGCAUGGUGCAGCACUUGAAGCUCAGAGAAGGGGUUGCACCAGAGGCCAACCCGAAGGGCUUCCCAACCUUACUCUCCAAGCAAACCCCACAGCGUGGAUUCAUCAGGUUGAAACUGAUCUCGCUGCCUGCAAAAUACACAGCAGUCAAUGGAAAUAUGGGUGUUAUCUGUAUAUGCCUCAGGCGCUAAGAGAACAAAUGAAGACGAACGGUUCAAGAAUCCUGGGAACGACCCACCAAGAUUGGCCGCAUUGGAAUGGCUUCAAGCAGAACUUCUUGGAUAUAAUUGACUUUUAUUACGGCCAUAAAAACAGAAUCAGGGAAAAAAUGCUACCCCUUCUUGAGCAGUAUUGCCCCGGACUCACGAUUGGAACACCCAUCGGCCUUCCACCGCUGGAUAGUACCAGCUUUUCCAGUGUGUGGAUUCCAAAGAUCAAAGAGGAUUUCAAAGCCUGUGAUAUGCCGCGUAUGUGGGAAACAAGAGCUGCUAUGCUCUAUUUGCCCGAUCGUAUCAGACAGCACAUUGAAAUGAAACAUGUUGAGAACUGGAAAGAGAAUGGGGUCGAAUGGACGUUGGAAGAUUUUAUUCAAGAGGUCCAAGCUCACCUGGACACGGGUGUAGCCGGAGCUGCAUCAGGAGUGACUCUCGAGCCAUUGCUCAUCGCCCGUGGCUUGGGUGUGCUAGGAUUAGGUGCAGCGGGAGCGGCUGCAGGAGUGAUUCUCGGGCCACCGCUCAUCGUCGGUGGCUUGGGUGCGCUAGGAUUCGGUGCAAGUGGAGUAGCAGCAGGUAACCCUCCUUCCAAAUCUUUCUUGUCCGCCGAACUAAAGCAAGAUCUCUCUUGA